AGUAUAUAAACCAGCAUCUACAAAUGUUCUCCCGUCUUCAUGCAAUGUUCAUUCAAACAUUCAUAAACAUGAAAUCGACCGUUUUUGUUUUCGCCAUACUCAUGGUAUUCUUGAGUUCAAGUUUCGCCGAUCCCGUAGGAACUUGUUCUUCGGAUAUGGACUCAAAAGAAGUAGACUUUCUUGUAGACUCAGAAGAUUGCUCCGUAUUCUAUAAAUGCAAUUGGGGAGAACCUGUACAAUACCGAUGCAAUGAAGGUUUACAUUUCAACAAAGAAACAGGUGGUUGUGAUUGGCCUGAAAUUGCUGGAUGUAAUGGAAAUGAUAAUGAAAAUAAUACAGAAGAAGAAUUAAGUAAUGAAAUAGAAUCUAAUGAAGUAGAAUCGAAUGAAACAGAACCAUCAGAAAAUAAAUGCCCUAAUGAUCAAUGUCCAGCAGAAAACGGUGCAUUUCCCGAGAUUUUCUCUCACCCAGAAGAUUGUGAUAAAUUCUGUAAAUGCGAUAGAGGAAUAGCUUACGAUAAAUCGUGUCCACCUGGGCUUCAUUUUAACAAAGAAUUGCAAGUUUGUGAUUGGCCAGAAAAUGCUAAAUGUGAAAAUGAUGAUUCUAUUGAUAGUGGAAGUGGGGAACCUGACUCUCCAGAAAUCAAUGACGGAGUGUGUUCAGAUGAACCAUGUCAAGAAGUAAACGGCAAAUUCCCGGUUUUCUUCGCCCAUCCGGAAACAUGUGAAAAAUAUUGCGUUUGCGAUUGGGGUAAAGCCUAUGACAUGAGUUGUCCAACUGGACUCCAUUUCAGUCUCGACGAUAAUGUUUGUGUUGAACCAGAAAAUGCUCGAUGUAAAUAAGUUGUAUGAAAUGUUAUAAUAAAGAAAACUAAGUAAUAAAUGAGUCAUGCUCAUAAAUAUUUGUAGCUCAAUUAUA